CGCCGUGGAUGAGGCAGGUCAUCCUCCCUCUGGAUCCAGGCAGGUAGCAGGUGGCUGGAGACAGAAAAUGGGAAACGCAGCCAGCAAACUUCACUUCAGGAAAGCGGUGGUUCAGCUGACAACCAAAACUCAGCCUGUUGAAGCCUCAGAUGACGUGUUCUGGGAUCAGUUCUGGGUGGACUCCUCCACCACCGUUCAAGAUGUUUUCGCUCUGGUGCCGGCAGCAGAGAUCAGAGCCGUCAGAGAGGAGUCUCCAUCAAACCUGGCAACCCUCUGCUACAAGGCAGUGGAGAGGCUGGUCCAGGGAGCAGACUCCGGCUGCCCCUCAGAGAAGGAGCGUCAGAUCGUGCUGAACUGCACGCGCCUGCUCACCCGCAUCCUGCCCUACAUCUUUGAGGAUGCCGACUGGAGGGGCUUCUUCUGGUCCACCGUCCCCGGCAGAGCAGGGCAUCUGGACAAAGAUGCUGAUGAUGAAGGCCGUCCUCUGGCUGAGUCCCUGCUGCUGGCCAUCGCUGACCUGCUCUUCUGUCCAGAUUUCACCAUCCAGAGCCACAAGAAAAGCAGCCCGGAUACAGAUGACAUGAGAGCCAUAGACAGCUGUGAGUACAUCUGGGAGGCCGGCGUGGGCUUCGCUCAGGCGCCUCCUCUGAACUAUAUCCACGACCUGAACAGGACGGAGCUGCUGAAGUUACUCCUCACCUGCUUCUCUGAAGCCAUGUACCUUCCUCCUUCCCCUGAAAGCAAAGUCCUCAAUCCAUGGAUCUCCUUCUUCUGCUCCACAGAGAACAGACACGCUCUGCCCCUGUUCACCUCCCUGCUCAAUGUGGUGUGUGCCUAUGACCCCGUGGGCUACGGCAUCCCGUACAACCACCUGCUGUUCUCAGACUACCGGGAGCAGCUGGUGGAGCAGGCGGUCCAGAUCCUUAUCGUCACCCUGGAGCACGAGGCUGGCUCGGCCGCCAGCAUCGCCCUCCAGGCCCUGGACCCCUCUGUAUCCCCCUCAGCUGAGGAGGACCAAGAGCCUGGUGGACCUGACAACCUGUUUGUGAAUUAUCUCUCCAGGAUACACAGAGAGGAGGACUUGAGCUUCGUCCUUAAAGGUCUGGCUCGGCUGCUCAACAACCCUUUGAUUCAGACUUAUCUGCCUCGAUCUACCAAGAAGAUCCAGUUCCACCAGGAGCUGCUGAUCCUCUUCUGGAAAUGCUGCGACUACAACAAGAAAUUCCUCUUCUUUGUCCUGAAGAGCAGCGACGUCUUGGACAUGUUGGUUCCCAUCCUCUUUUACUUGAACGAUGCCCGAGCAGAUCAGUCUCGGCUGGGCCUCAUGCACAUCGGUGUCUUCAUCCUGCUGCUGUUAAGCGGAGAAAGAAACUUCGGCGUUCGCCUGAACAAACCGUACGCCCUCCGUGUCCCCAUGGACAUUCCUGUGUUCACGGGAACCCACGCUGACCUGCUCAUAGUGAUCUUCCACAAAAUCAUCUCCAGUGGACACCAGCGUCUCCAGCCUCUGUUUGACUGCCUGCUCACCAUCAUCGUGAACAUUUCACCUUACCUGAAGAGCCUGUCCAUGGUGGCUGCCAGCAAACUGCUCCACCUUCUGGAGGCUUUCUCCACACCCUGGUUCCUCUUCUCCUCCCCUCAGAACCACCACCUGGUCUUCUUCCUGCUGGAGGUCUUCAACAACAUCAUUCAGUAUCAGUUUGAUGGUAACUACAACCUGGUUUACGCCGUCAUCCGUAAGCGAAAUAUCUUCCACCAGCUGGCCAACCUGCCGUCUGACACGGCGUCUAUUCCGAAGGUCCUGCAAAACAAGAAGAAGACCGGGAUCUCCAGGACUAACUCUAUAGAGCAUGAGUCCAUGGAGGGCUCCAGACCUGCUGUGCCUGCUGAGCCCGGCACACUUAAAGCCAGCUUAGAGGCCACUCCAGGAAUCGAUAAGAUCACCGAGAAGUCUCAGGUGAGUCAGGAUGGAACGAUGGUUGCUGUGCCACAUUCAGACUCUCCACAGACGCCGACUGAAAGCUGCAGCACAGCUGGAGCCAGCGACACUGAGUCUCACUCAGAGAGAGAUAAGGAGGCCAACCGCACACAAUCAGAGUCAGCGAGGAGCCGACUGUCGAGUGUUUCAUCGAUGGCUGCGUGGAGCGCUAACUCAGACUGGAUCUCUUCCUGGAAGGCCAAACUUCCUCUGCAGACAAUCAUGCGGCUGCUGCAGGUGCUGGUUCCUCAGGUGGAGAAGAUUUGCAUUGACAAGGGUCUGACUGACGAGUCUGAAAUCCUCAAGUUCCUGCAGCACGGCACACUUGUGGGCCUCCUGCCCGUCCCUCACCCCAUCCUCAUCAGGAAGUACCAAGCCAACGCCGGCACGGCCAUGUGGUUCCGCACCUAUAUCUGGGGCGUCAUCUACUUACGCAACAUCGAUCCUCCAAUCUGGUACGACACUGACAUACGGCUGUUUGAGAUCCAGAGGAUUUAGAGGAGCUGCUGAGGAUCCAACAACAACAAAAAGGCUCUGACACUUUAUCCUCCUCACACCUGAACUGUGCUUGAAAAUCAGAGGACAGCUCAGUCUUAAUGCCAAAUUGUAUAAAGA